AGGCGGAUUAAUUCGCGUUUGUGUGCUGAGGCUGUUUUUUUGUCACUCCUUCUGCGGGCAGCGUGCGAGCGAGCAUUCACUGAAACCAACCGAGGAACAUUCAAAUAAAAUUAAUAAUAGCAACCAUACAAAAGUAGCGGAAAUUUUGCAUUGAAUUACAACUCACCCAUCCAAGGUCCUCAACAUAUUUUUUCUGAGGACAUAUCUCUGUAAAGCAAGAAAUAUCACUUAUUUAAGCGAUUGCAAUGCUUGAAACCAAGGAUCUCAUCUGGGCAUUGCUUUUCUUUGGCACUGCAGCCUCCUUGCAGGUGGAAAUCACACCGGGCCAAGCCGAGAUGAGCGUGGGAGAGUCAAAGUUCUUUCUGUGUGAAGUUGUCGGCGAUGCGAAGGAGAUCGACUGGUACUGGCCGAGCGGGGAGAAGAUCCUGCCGAACCGCCAGGACAUCAGCGUCGUCCGCAACGACGAGUCGUCCUCCACUCUCACCAUCUACAACGCCGACAUCGACAACGCCGGCGUCUACAAGUGUGCGGCACGCAACGGAGACGAGGAGUCGCAGGCCACCGUCAACCUGAGAAUAUACCAAAAACUCACCUUCACAAGUGCCCCGUCCCCUCAGGAGUUUAACGAAGGCGAGGACGCCACCAUCAUCUGUGAUGUGGUCAGCCUGCCUCCCCCCAGAGUCAUCUGGAAGCACAAGGGCUCCAAGAUCCAGGAGGCAAAAGACGUUCGUUAUAACAUCCUGAGCAACAACCACCUGCAAAUCCGAAGCAUCAAGAAGGCGGACGAGGGGGGUUACACCUGUGAGGCCCGCGUCAUGGCUCGAGGCGAGAUCGACUUCCGAGUCAUCAAGGUCAUCAUCAACGUGUACCCCACCAUCAGGAUCAGGCAGGAGGAGCUGAAUGCCACAGCGGGCCUGGGCCAGUCAGUGGUGCUGGCCUGCGAUGCUGACGGAUACCCCGCACCCACAGUCACCUGGGCACGUGAUAAUGUCAUCCUGGAGGCGGGAGACAAGUACAGCUUCAGCGAGGACGGCUCGGAGAUGACCAUCGCAGACGUUCAGAAGGUGGAUGAGGGAGACUACACCUGCAUCGCCAAGAACAAAGCAGGCCAGAAGGAGGAGGAAGUCAGCCUCCGAGUCUUCGUGAAACCCAAGAUCACGUUCCUGGAGAACCAGACGGCGUCCGAGCUGGAGGAGCUGGUCAUCCUGACGUGCGAGGCGACGGGCGACCCCACCCCCAGCAUCGUCUGGAGCUCGGGUCAUCGCAUCUUCAGUGAGGGGGAGCAGGCUUCUUGGACUCGCCCUGAGAAACACAAGAGUCUGGACGGGAACGUGGUGGUGCGCAGCGACGCCCGCGUGUCCUCGCUCACCCUGAAGUACGUGCAGUUCACCGACGCCGGGGAGUACCUGUGCACCGCCCGCAACCCCAUCGGCUCCGACGCACAGAGCAUGCACCUGGAGAUCCGCUACUCCCCUAAGAUCCAGGGGUCUGUGACGGUGUACACGUGGGAGGGGAACCCCGCCAACAUCAGCUGCGAGGUUCUGGCCCACCCCGCUGCCUCCGUCAUGUGGUUCCGUGAUGGCCAGCAGCUUCCCAGCUCCAACACCACCAACGUCAAGAUCUACAGUGCCCCCGGUGUCAGCUACCUGGAGGUCUCCCCGGAAUCGCAGAAUGACUUCGGGAGCUACAACUGCACAGCCACCAACGCCAUCGGCACUGAGUCCAGGGAGUUCAUCCUGAUUCAGGCAGACGUGCCCUCGGCCCCGUCCAUCGAUCGGGUGGAGCCGUACUCCAGCACGGCACUGGUGGAGUUUGACGAGCCCGACUCCAGCGGCGGCGUACCUGUGCUCAGGUACAAGGCGGAGUGGAGGCCGAUGAGCCACGGGAGCUGGGUGCAGAGGGUGUACGAGGCGAAGGACGGAGGCUUGAGCCAGAUCACCAUCACAGGCCUGAAGCCUGAGACCCACUACGAGGUGAAAAUGUCAGCCAUCAACGGCAAGGGCGAGGGAGAGAGCAGCGCCCCCCAGGUCUUCAAGACCGAGCCAGUCCAAGGGGAACCCAACGCCCCCAAACUGGAAGGCACGCUGCAGCCCACCGGCAACGCCCUCAAGGUGAACUGGAUCAAGCAGGACGAUGGCGGCUCCCCCAUCACGCACUACCUGGUCCGGUACAAGCCUAAGCAUGGGUCGGAGUGGAAGCCGGAGAUCCGCCUGCCCAACGGCAGUGAGUACGUGGUGCUGAGCGGCCUGGACUGGAACACCGAGUACGACGUGUACGUGGUGGCCGAGAACAUGCAGGGCAAGUCGCUGCCCGCCAGCCUGAGCUUCCGCACCUCGCCCGAGCCCACCGCCAUCCCAGACUCGGACGUGUCGGGGCUGGGCAUGGGCGCCAUCGCGGGGAUCCUCAUCGUGGUGUUCGUGCUGCUGCUGGUGGGUGUGGACGUCACCUGCUACUUCAUCAACAAGUGCGGCCUGCUCAUGUGCAUCGCUGUGAACGUGUGCGGCAAGCCGGCCGCCGCCGCCAAGAGCAAGGACAUGGAGGAGGGCAAGGCCGCGUUCACGACGGACGAGUCAAAGGAGCCCAUCGUGGAGGUCCGGACCGAGGAGGAGUGCACCCCAAACCACGACGGAGGGGGACAGACUGAACCCAACGAGACCACACCCCUGACAGAGCCUGACAGUCCCGCUAGCGAAAGCACCACCCUCGACUCCAGCACGGCGGCGCCCGCUGCCGUCGCCAAGGCAACGCCCACUCCGCAGCCCACCCCGCCCAAAGCGGCCGCCCCCUCCACCCCGUCUGACGCCGCCGCUAAAGUGGCCCCCCUGGUCGACUUGGGCGACGCCCCGUCGGCCACGCCCACGGCCAACGCGGAAGCUCCUAAAGCUCCGAGCAAGCCCCCUGCCCCAGCCACGCCCCCCGCCCACCAGCCCGAGCCGCAGAAACCCGCCGACACCAAGGCCCCCGAGACAGAGGCCCCACCCAGCGCCGCGAAGAGCCCGUCCGACUCCGCCCAGAAAGGCGGGGCCCCGCAGGACUCGGAGACGGACGGGGGGCGGCCCCAGGUGCCCGACAGCGACCUGGCGAAGGAUGUGUUUGAGGCUCUGGCACAGAAGCCUUCUGAGCCCACGGCAGCGACCACCACCACCCCACCCACGGCCAGCCAGGACGAGCAGGUCACCGUGGAGGAGAAGAGCAAACCAGAGGAGGCGGAGGCGAAGGCGGCCGAGGCCGAGGUGAAGGCGGUCCCUAACGAGGCCACGCAAACAAACGCCGCAGAGAGCAAAGCGUGAUGGAGCGGCACGGUGCCAGACCCACAGAACGUCCCACCACGUCAUCGUCAGCGUCUCCGCCCGCCGCGGGCCGGAGGCCACACCCAAACGUUUCCCACACACACGCCACCACAUCCAAAACAAAACCGCGAAAAAAAAAAUUCUCAGUGUCCUUCGUGAGCUAGAAGAACAAGGAAUGAGUUUGUAGAUUUAUAGAAAGGAAUCAGAUCUUGUGCACAUGCUGUGUUGUUCGUCUCACCCAUGUUGUCUUGUUAAAAUGCAGAUUCAUUCAAGGAAAACCGAAGGAGCUUAUAACUGCCUGUAACUGCUCUUUUCCUUAGUAAUGGUCAAAGUUACUCUUUCAAAUGAAACAGAAUUUCUAUGGUAUAUCAUUCUAGAGCUUGCCAUGGGAAAUGUAGUUUGUUUAUUUUUGUUUUUAAACAUGCCUUCAUAUUGUGCACAUUGACAUUACUCUGUAUACCACAUUUGGAUAUAAAGUCUAUCUCUGAUACUUAUGUAUACACCUUCAGAGAUGAACUCUAUAUAGCUACCAUUAUGUUCACUGCUAAUGAGUUUUUGGUACAUAUGUUUUAUUUUGUUCUUCUGUUUAU